GACUCAACCUGUGGAAGCCGCGAUGAACAGCUGAUUCUCCCGCAGUGGAUAAAACCGAUCACGAUGGUCACCGCCGAGUCAUGAUUUGUCAUCCCACGCGCGGCGCUGUGAAAAGUUACUGGAGAAGUAGACAAAGGAGAACAGAGUGGAGAGAGUGAAGGAGCGUUUGAUUCUCUCACGGCUUGGACCUGUUGAUCAUCAGUGUGACAGAGCGACACUGAGCGCUCAGCCUACCUGCCGCUCCCUGCUCCGCGCUCACCGACGCGCAAUUAUGUUAUUGUCAAGUUUUCUGAUCUUCACCCUUCUUCACUUUUUGGCGCCUCUGUUGCUCUGUUACCUGCCUCAAGUCUCCGCACAGAAGCCUGGUUCCCGGUGGCUGAUUGGAGACAGAGACAGUCACUGUGGGGUCAUCUGCUCACGGACGCAGGGGAAGCCGGUGUGCGGCUCAGACGGGCGGAGCUAUGAGACCGGCUGUGAACUGCAGAGGGCGCGCUGUAAAGAUAAGACACUCACACUGGCACACCGUGGCCGAUGUCGAGGUAAAAACUGGGUGAAAAUCGAUCAGCUGCCAGUGGCUCCAGCACCGACCUCCACAUCCGAGGGGAGAGACCUGGAGCUCAAAGAUGCAGGUCAGUCCAAGUGUCGUGUUGAGAGGAACCAGGCUUUAGAACAAGCCCGGAGACCGCAGGAGUCCAUGUUUAUCCCAGAAUGCAACGAGGACGGAACAUUUGCCCAGGUCCAGUGCCAUACUCUGACAGGUUACUGCUGGUGUGUCACCAGCGACGGGAAGCCAGUGAGUGGCUCCUCUGUGCAGAACCGGACCCCGGUGUGCUCAGGAAACUUCCAUGAAUUUAUGGGAACUCAUGCUGCGACAAGUGGAUUGUCAGGGUCAGUAACCGAUAAACCGCCCGGGCCACCGAACUCUGGUAGAAAAGUCUCUUUCCGUUUCUUUCUCACCCUUAACCCAGAUGAUGGCUCCAAGCCCACACCCACCAUGGAGACUCAUGUCCCCCCUGAGGGUGACGAGAUAACGGCUCCAACGCUGUGGAUAAAACAGCUGGCCAAGCAGAACAGCUCCACUUCCAAGAAGCAAGAGAAAGUUCCCUCUUGUGACCAGGAGAGACAGAGCGCCCUGGACGAGGAUCGGCAGAACCCUCGUGAGGCCAUUUUCAUCCCCGACUGUGGACCCGGAGGCCUUUACAAACCGGUCCAGUGCCACCAGUCCACAGGCUACUGCUGGUGUGUUCUGGUGGACACGGGGCGGCCCAUUCCUGGAACCUCCACCAGGUACCAGAAGCCGGAGUGCGACAGUGCUGCACGAUCUCGCGUCUCAGACACAGAGGAUCCCUUCCAGGGCAGAGACCUGACAGGCUGCCCGGAGGGGAAAAAAGUGGAAUUCAUUACAAGCUUAUUAGAUGCCCUCACCACAGACAUGGUGCAAGCUAUAAACUCACCAGCCCCCUCUGGUGGUGGGAGGUUUGUCGAGCCUGACCCCAGUCACACUUUAGAGGAGCGGGUGGUGCACUGGUACUUUGCCCAGUUGGAUAACAACGGCAGCCAUGACAUAAACAAGAAGGAACUAAAACCUUUCAAGAAGUACCUGAAGAAGAAAGCCAAACCCAAGAAAUGCUCCCGCAAGUUCAUCGACUACUGUGACCUGAAUAAGGACAGGGCCAUUUCUCUGCAGGAGCUGAAGGGCUGUCUGGGCGUCAGCAAGGAGGGUAGCUCAACAACAAGCGGCAGCCAAGGGACAAGGCAAGGGACAAAUUUGUUCAUAGGUCGUCUGGUGUGAGAAGAGAAGGAUCCAGAAGCUGAGACGAGAGCAGAGGGCACAGAGGGAAGGCAUCUGUACGCUUGCUGACAGGAAAGAGAAAGA